CUCGAGCCCCUGCCCAACGGUCUCUGUGGGGGUCCGCAUCUCGCGGCUGAUCUGCGGGCAACGCAAACGACAGACGACAAUUCAUCACCACCAGAGGCAUUCAGGGCGAUGUAUGCGACAAGAUAUGCUACCAGCAUCGAGAAGGUGGAAGCUUGGGAUCCCCAGAUGGAGGCCAAUAUUUCAGGCCGUCAGAUGGAAUCGCUAUGCCACAACUUCUACUGCUGUUGACUCUGCGACUCCUGCCCCUGUAAAAUUUCCACUAAAGAUACGACUACGUCAGUACCAAGAAGAAUGCAUACAAGCUGUACUUGACCACAUUGAUAAAGGCCACAAACGAAUGGGCAUUUCUCUGGCCACCGGAAGUGGGAAAACUGUAUGUUUUGCGGUAUGAGCGUGCAAGAGUACAAUGGUUACUAACACCUGCCCAGGUAAUCUUCACCCAGCUUAUAGGCCGAAUCAAGCCCCAUACAAAAGAAGCGACCCAAACAUUGAUUCUCGCCCAUCGCAAAGAGUUGGUUGAGCAGGCUGCUCGUCAUUGUAUCAAUGCCUACCCCACGAAAUCCGUCGAAAUCGAGAUGGCUUCGAGUCUCGCGAGCGGCCAUGCCGAUAUAACAGUCGCAAGCAUAUACAGUAUUAUAUCCGGCGAUCGACUGGCCAAAUUUGAUGCCGAUCGCUUUAAACUUGUGCUUGUCGACGAAGCACAUCAUAUCGUUUCACCAGGGUAUCGGAAGGCGCUGGAACAUUUUGAUUUGGGGCAGAAAAUGGUCACGUCUCCUGCUCUUGUUGGAGUUUCGGCAACACUCUCACGAUUUGAUGGACUUAAGUUGGGCUCUGCUAUUGACCAAAUCGUUUAUCAUAAGGACUAUAUCGACAUGAUUGGAGAAAAGUGGCUGUCAGAUGUCAUGUUUACCACUGUACACACCAAGGCAGAUAUAUCCAGAGUUCAAAGGGCUCCUAAUGGCGAUUUCAAGCCCAAUGAACUCUCAAAAGUGGUUAACACCGAAUCAGUAAACAAAGUUACUGUGUUGAGUUGGCUCACUAAAGCAAAAGGGAGAAAAUCUACCCUGGCGUUUUGUGUUGAUAUUUCCCACGUACAUGGGCUGGUCAGUACUUUUCGAAAGUACGGCAUAGACGCUCGUUUUAUCCUUGGUGAAACCAAGAAGACCGAACGCAGUGACACGUUAGAUGCCUUUAAACGUGGGGAGUUUCCGGUGCUCGUUAAUUGUGGCGUUUUCACAGAGGGUACUGAUAUCCCAAAUAUCGAUUGUGUGAUAUUGGCACGUCCUACAAAAUCUCGUAAUCUACUUGUUCAGAUGAUUGGUAGAGGAAUGAGGCUACAUCCAGGGAAAAAGAACUGCCAUAUCAUAGAUAUGGUGGCAAGUCUGAACACUGGAGUUAUUACUACGCCCACCCUAUUUGGUCUCGACCCUUUGGAAGUGGUUGAGGGAGCAACUCCAGAGGAUAUGGAAGAAAUCCGUGAUCGUAAUUUGGACGAAGAACUCGAGAAUGAUUCAAUUAAACCGGAAUUUCCUCCUUCUAAAAUAACAGAUCAAUCGCCAGUGUCGAAUAUUGUUACGUUCACGGAUUACGACAGCAUUUUUGACCUUCUUGAAGACAUUUCCGCUGAACGACAUGUUAGACUCCUAUCGCCAAACUCCUGGAUAAAUGUUGGACCAGACCGCUACGUUCUGAGCAGCGGUAAAGGCAAUUCCUAUGUCAAAAUAGAACUAGUCCUCGACGACGAGACAGACACGAAAAUGUUCCUCGUCACCGAGUUGGCAACGCUCAUCUACGGAAAUUCGAACUCCCCAUUAGCAAGACCACGCACAAUAGCAAAAUGUCUGACCUUUGAAGACGCAGUCCAUGCGGCAGACACCUUCGCGUCCAAGAAAUACAUCCCCCAGCUCAUCCUACGGAAUCAACCAUGGCAAAAUGCCCCCGCCACAGAGGGCCAGCUCAAAUUUCUGAACAAAUUACGGACCAGUGAUAAUUUACUCACUCCGGCCAUGAUUACCAAAGGGAAGGCUGGGGAAAUGAUUACCAAGUUGAGACAUGGUGCUCGUGGAAGAUGGACGAAACAUCAGCAGCGCAAGGAGAGAGAGAUGAAGGCGAAAAUCAGAGCGGAAAAUGAACGGGAGUUGAAGGAGAGGGAGAAGGUUAGCGUUGGGCCUCUGAAGGCUUGA